AGUCACUCUCAAGUGUAGGCAGGCGAAGGAGACUCACACUCUCCUGACUCCCCCAGCCCGAACUUUCCUUCGACUUCUCCUCUCGUUUCUUCGCUGUUGCAGACAUGUGGGCGCAGGCGGUGCUGUGCGCGGCGGUGCUUUGCGCACUCUGUCCGGCAGGGAGGACGGAAGCCGAGAGGGACGAGAGGCAGGUGCCGGACCUGCAGGACUCACGCUACAACUCAAACAGACUGCUUGGCGCGCUACACGAUGUCCUGGAAAGGCUGCAGACGACACGGAUCAACCCCUGGGAGAAGAAAUACGGACAGGUUCCCUCUUGCGACCUCGGAGAGCACUGCGCCAUCAGGAAAGGAUCUCGCAUCGGGAAGAUGUGUGACUGUCCUCGAGGAGCUUUCUGCAACUUCUUCCUGCUUAAAUGCCUAUGAGCCACACACGGCACAGCGCAGGAGCUCAGACCCAGAACCCAUGUAACGUAGCCUUUAGAGGGGGGAAUGAUCCUCCAUCAAGCUUCAUGUGAAGAUCCGUGUUCUGCAUUAAACAUGUUUUCCUU